GCCACUUUGAGCGGCGUCGGGAAGCAGGAAGCGUUCGGGCAGAAAACGGAGCAAUCGAGCGGAGCGUCUGGAGCGGGCGAAGCAGCGCCAUCACUCAACUCAACUCGUCUUGACUACCCGGGCUAACUUUACCUACAUGUGCUGAGGUCGAGGGGGAAACUCAUCUCCACCGCAACGAUGCCGACAGUUACUUUACCGCCGAAAGAGAACGCUCUGUUCAAGAGGAUUCUGCGAUGUUACGAACACAAACAGUACAGAAACGGGCUGAAGUUCUGCAAACAAAUCCUGUCCAACCCCAAGUUUGCAGAGCAUGGAGAGACCCUGGCAAUGAAAGGCUUGACCCUGAACUGUCUGGGGAAGAAGGAGGAGGCCUACGACCUGGUGAGAAGAGGCCUGCGCAAUGACCUGAAGAGCCAUGUCUGCUGGCAUGUGUAUGGCCUACUGCAACGCUCAGAUAAGAAGUACGAUGAGGCCAUCAAGUGCUACCGUAACGCUCUGAAGUGGGACAAGGACAACCUGCAGAUCCUCCGAGACCUGUCCCUGCUUCAGAUCCAGAUGAGAGACCUGGAGGGCUACAGGGAGACACGAUACCAGCUGCUGCAGCUGCGGCCUGCCCAGCGGGCGUCCUGGAUCGGCUAUGCCAUCGCCUAUCACCUCUUAGAGGACUAUGAGAUGGCUGCAAAGAUCAUCGAAGAGUUUAGGAAAACACAACAGACGUCUCCAGACAAGGUUGAUUACGAGUACAGUGAGCUGCUGCUGUAUCAGAACCAGGUGCUCAGGGAAGCUGGCCUGCAUAAGGAGGCCCUCGAGCAUCUGACCAACUACGAGAAGCAGAUCUGUGACAAACUUGCAGUGGAAGAGACACGUGGAGAACUACUGUUGAAGUUGGAGCGUCUGGAGGAGGCAGCAGAAGUUUACCGGCGUCUGCAGGACAGGAACCCAGAGAACUGGUUGUAUUACCACGGCCUGGAAAAGGCACUAAAACCAAGCACUGUAGAGGAAACGCACAAGAUCUAUGAAGAAGCCUGGGAGAAGUUUCCCAAAGGACUGGUUCCUCGCCGUCUUCCACUUAAUUUCCUCUCUGGUGAGAAGUUCAGAGAGUGUCUGGACAGGUAUCUGAGAAUGAACUUCAGUAAAGGCUGCCCGCCUGUCUUCACAACCCUCAAAUCCCUGUACAACGACAAAGAAAAGGUGGCAAUAAUAGAGGAGCUGGUGGUUAGCUAUGAAACAUCAUUAAAAACUGUUAGAAUGUUCAGUCAGAAUGACGAUGGUAAAGAGGAGCCACCCACCACAUUGCUGUGGGUGCAGUACUUCCUGGCACAGCAUUAUGACAUGAUCGACCAGCAGACGCUUGCUCUAGAAUACAUCAACACGGCCAUUGAGAGCACGCCUACGCUCAUUGAACUUUUCCUCAUCAAAGCCAAGAUUUACAAGCAUGCUGGGAACAUCCGAGAGGCAGCUCAGUGGAUGGAUGAGGCCCAAGCUCUGGACACCGCAGACCGAUUCAUCAAUUCCAAGUGUGCCAAGUAUAUGCUGAAAGCUGGCAUGAUUAAAGAGGCAGAGGAAAUGUGCUCAAAAUUCACACGGGAGGGAGCGUCAGCGGUGGAGAAUCUGAAUGAGAUGCAGUGCAUGUGGUUUCAGACGGAAUGUGCACUGGCUUACAAGGCUAUAAACAAGUUUGGGGAAGCUCUCAAGAAGUGCCAUGAGAUUGAAAGGCAUUUUGUGGAGAUCACAGAUGACCAGUUUGAUUUUCACACCUACUGCAUGAGGAAGAUGACGCUACGCUCCUACGUGGAUCUACUGAAGCUGGAAGACGUGCUUAGGAUGCAUCCAUUUUACUACAAGGCUGCUGUUACUGCCAUCCAGAUCUACCUGAGCCUUCAUGACAACCCCCUGACUGACGAUGGCAAGGAACUGCAGGCUGACACUGCUAACCUCUCGGACAAAGAGCUAAAGAAGCUUAGGAACAAGCAGCGACGAGCCCAGAAGAAAGCCCAGCUAGAGGAGGAGAAGAAGAAUGCAGAGAAGGAGAAGCAGCUUAAGAACCAGAAGAAGAAGAAGGAGGACGACGACGAGGAGAUUGGAGGGCCCAAAGAGGAACUCAUCCCUGACAAACUAGUGAAGGUAGAAAAUCCACUGGAAGAAGCUAUCAAGUUCCUGAUGCCUCUCAAACACCUGGUCAAAGACAAAAUAGACACACACCUAAUGGCAUUUGAGAUCUACUUCAGGAAAGAAAAAUCCCUGUUGAUGCUCCAGUCAGUGAAGAGAGCGUUUGCCAUCGACCCAGACCACCCAUGGUUACACCAAUGUCUUGUACGCUUCUUUAAACGAGUCUCUGAGAGCAAGGAGUUGCCAGAGGUUGUCAGGAUGGUGCUGAAGCAGGAGAUCACCCGGUUGUUUGGAGACAGCAAUGCAAAGAGCUUCAACCAGGCCUACCUCACCAAGCACUCCAAUUCCAUACCACAUCGGCUAGCUGCUGCAAAAAUGAUGGCCUACUUGGAUUCAUCGACAGAAACUAAGGCAGCAGAGCUGGCCUUUGCACUUGAUGAGUCGCUCAGCAAUAGAAACAUACAGAUCUGUACAGAGGUCCUUGAGUGUCUUCACAGCGGCGCCCUAGGCGACUGCAAGGAGCGUGCCGAGCUGUACCGUGCAGAGUGUCACAAGCUUUACCCAUACACGUUAGCUUUCAUGCCCCCUGGAUACGAGGAGAAUACAAAGAUUGCCAAUGGAGACAUUUCCACAGAAAUGGAAGAGCUAGCCAAUGAGAUGUGAGCGCAUUCAGAGUAAUGGAGGAUGAGAAAAAGAAUUGGGCCGAGCGUAGAGCCUUGUGGUACGCCAUGCAGCCAUUUUGUAGAGCCAGACAUGGGAAGAGGAAGAUGGGUGUUUUUGUUCAUUGGCUCAGUUUAAUCAGGUCUGAUGUGGCCAAGCUUGGCUCUCUCUCCCACAUGGUGAAUAUCAGGACUGUGUGUAUGUGAGUGUUGAGGGCAUGCAUGUGUGGAGUUGUGUGUGUGAGUUUGUGGGAAAGGGGGAGGGGGGAGCGGAAGAAGACAGAAUGGCCAUUUUACUUUUUUUAUAGAGCUGACAACCACGCUGAUUAUAAAUAAUACUUCUUGACAAGCUGUUUGGAGAAACUGUGAUGGACUCGCACAGACUGUCAGUUUCCUAAGUGACGAUCAAUAAUGACGGCAUCCACUCAAGUUAGAUUUGGUGCUGCUCCAUUACCACCUAUCUCAUACUGUGCCCCCCUUGUUUUAAAAGAAAUGCUCAUUCAAUUAGAAAUAAAUCGCUGGGGGACAGAGGAGAUUGGGCUGAAUAGGCCUGACCUCGGACAGAGCUGCAGGAAGCUAACCGGGAAAAGUUACUGAGAACCUGAAGUAGACACAGAGGACAUCCAGCCGACCACAAGCGUAUACGUUUCUGAUCUAAUGCUCCAGUAUACCACACAUCUACACGUGACAGCAAAGCGUGUGACACGGCCUGAUCUCUGCAGGAGCCACAGACCAGAGAAGGUGAACAGUUUGUCAUACCGUGCUUCUCUCACUGUUCCUGGUUUAACUUGGGAAUUUGUAAGCGUCUGUUUCUUAUGGGGAACCUUGUAGCACAGAAUUAAAAGAACCCAAACUAACAGUUGUGUGUUGUGCUCCGUUCUAAACAAUCUGCUGCUCGUAACCUUUGUGCAUAGUUCUGAGAGAGUUGGCUAGAUUUUAAGCAAUACCAUAGACCAGCUACCUGGUCACCACCAAUCGGAGACACGGCUCUUGAUGAACAACAUUUGUACAUCUGGAUUUCCUGGUAGGGUCACAAUGUCGUAAUGUUGCUCUGGUCAGUGUUUCUGUGGGUCAACAUGGAGGCGAGCCUGGGAUAAUCUCUGGUAAUGAAAACAUCUUCGGUUAAGGUCAGAGGUCAUCAUCAUAACCUGCUGCCCAAGGUGAUGGAAAAUGUUACAAGGCGACAAGAGGUAUGAGCAUCUGGACUUUAUUUGACUAAUUCUGUUCCUUCUUCCCCAGUCUCUUCCUUCUUUUCCCUAAUUUGGGUUCUAAUGUGAAAGCGCAAAUCUGAGAUGGUUAUGUAUGAUAUCUCUGGAUUUUUGUAUUAAAACCAAAUGAAAGAAA